AUGGAAACGGCACAGGAGCGGGAUGAACCAAUUCUUGCUUUGUUCGACAAAGCUCUGCCUGCCUUGCCUAUUUCAAUUUCUAUGGGUACAAUGUUCUUUUUUGGCACGCGAUGGAUAAUUACUCCAUUAAUGAAAGAAAUUGCUUUAAGAAAAUCAAUACUCUAA